AUGAAGUUGUAUUGGUUUGCUUCAUACAUAUUGGUUUACCUGUUGACACACAGUCACUGGAAUCUUGUGGUCCCAGUCAAAGCAGGUGAAGAUGCUUCUAAAUCUGAAGAUGCUGAUGCUAGUAAGACUGAAGCUGGAGAGGCUACUGAAUCUCAACCAGAGAAUGUAACUGAAACUAAACAACCUGAUGAUACUGAGUCUGAAGUAUCAACUGAUGUUGGAUCAUCAGAAGGUAGUGAUACAGGUCAAGCACAUACAGCCAAAGCAACAGCAACUGAAUUUAAACUAUAUAAGGAUGACGGUAAUGGCAAUCCAAUAGAAAUGCAAUAUGAUUUUAAUAGACAAGAUUUUCUUCUUACUCAGAGAUUUGAAUUUAAAAAUGAUGUUAAGUGCGUAUUAAUCAAAUUUGGAGAUAAAGAGGUGUGGAAAAAGGGAGGACAAGAUAUUAGCGAACCUAAAGUAAUAAUUUCUAUAAAUAAUAAUUAUAUUAAUGUACGAGACUUGAAUAAAUUUGCUAACUUUAUGAGGAAAAACACUAAUAAUGAAUGGGAAUGUGUUCGCAAAAGUGGAGAUAAUUCAGGUAAUUCUGCAAAUCAAUCCCAAUCUGGAUCAACAAAUGCUAAAUCAGUAUCAGCUGAAGGUUCAGGAGAAGCCAGUGAACAAUCUAAAGAUGCAUCAGCUGAAGCUGGAUCAUCUCCUGAUGCUGGUUCAGCAGGUGAAUCUGGUACAACUCCUGAUGCUGAUUCGUCUGGUGGAGAUGGUUCUACAGAUGCUAACGAACAAGAUUCAUCAAGUGCACCUGCAGAAUAA